AUGGAGGUUAACGUGGUGGCGGAGGCCACGCAACGUAAUACAGUUGGCAACACCUCGGUGGUCGGAGCUGUGAGAGAAGUUACCAACCCAGAAGCAAACGCAGUGACUCGCCAAAAAGGCCAUCGGGCUGGUGGCCGCCGUCGCUCAGCCAAUCACAAUGAAGAUGGUCAUUAA